AUGGCGGCGCGAUUCCCACCAUCCACAGACCCCCACUCUAACCGACACCCUCAAACCAGCGACUUCACGCAAAAGAAAGCCACAAGCUACGGCCUCACAGGAUAUGUCAAGAACACCAACGACGGAAAGGUCGUGGGAGAGGCACAAGGGGCCGAAGACGCAUUGAAGAAACUCAAGGGCGAUUUGAACCAAGGGCCUCGUGCCGCGCAUGUCGUGAAGCUCGAGGUUAGGGAUAUUCAGACGAAAGACGGAGAGGCGAGUUUCGAUGCUUAG